AUGACACAUCUCUCAAAUACCGCCGGAACUUCUGUCGGACCUUCCAACCAGCCAUCGCUCGAUCAGACUUCGGUAUAUGAUAAUGAUCAAUGUGGUCUCAACUUAAAGAUCGAGCAGGAUACGGAUAGUGGGAAUUGGUGGCUUGGAUAUGGAGAUGGACAUAUACUUGGGUACUGGCCAAACAACCUAUUCACAGAGUUAAAAGGUGAAGCACAUUUAGUUCAAUUUGGUGGAGAAGUAUUGGAUAUAAACCCUUCAGGGUAUCAUACUGCCACUUCCAUGGGUAGUGGCCAUUUUGCUGAAGAGGGUUUUGGAAAAGCUGCAUUUUUUAGUAAUAAUCAAGUUAAGGUUUCUUCCAACAUAUGGAUUGACCCUCCAGAACCCAAGUUUUCAGUAGAUCAUCCUAAUUGUUAUAAUAUAAAAAGUGGGUUUAGUUCAGAGGCAGGAUUUUUCUUUUACUAUGGUGGACCCGGUAGGAAUGAAGAUUGUCUUUAUGGUUUUCUUUAA